AUGGUCAGAUCCCAAGGCCCAACCGUGACCGGUAUCGCCGUGGCUUUUGCCGUCAUCACCGUUUUCGUCCUUCUUUUGCGUCUCUUUGCUCGGCUUUACGUCUUGAAGAAAUUUGGCGUGGACGAUGGUCUUAUCAUCUUCGCAUGCGGCUUCUCAUGGGCCUUCUCCGCGGUGACGGUUGUUGCUGUAAAUCACGGUUUGGGUAGACACCGCAAAGAUGUUGACGACAGCGAGAUGGUCACAUAUUCCUUCGUAUGCCCCCUACCUCCUCAUGUACAAUCUUUGCUAACUGAAAAGAAUGUCUGGCUUAGCUCCAUGUUCUACCUCGCCUGCCUCGGCUUCGUCAAGACUUCCGUCUGCUGGUUCUACACUCGACUAGGAGACAAGUUCCUCUGUCGCAUGUCCUACACCAUGUUCGCCAUCAUCCUGUGCCAGGCCACGGCAAACGUCCUCACGGCCGCCUUCCAAUGCAGUCCCGUCUCUAAGGCCUGGGACACCACGAUUGAAGGCACCUGCGUGAAUAUCAACGUCUUCUACCUCGCGAACGCGGCGCUCAACAUCCUCACCGAUCUCCUGACCUACACACUCCCGGUUCGCGUGAUCUUCAAACUACAAAUGCCGCGCAAGCAGAAGAUCGCUCUUAUCUUUAUUCUAUGUCUCGGACUCUUCGCCUGCGUCUCCUCCAUAAUCCGCAUAACCUACAUCCCCGCCAUGCUCACCUCCCCCGACGCAACCUGGGCCAUCAGCGGCGCCAUGUACUGGUCCGCCAUCGAGAUCAACAUCGGCAUCCUCGCCGCCUCAAUCCCCUCCUUCAAAGCUAUUGCCUCGCGCUUCCUCCCCCGCCUCAUCGGCGAGUACUCCUCCAACAAGGCAUACAACCCCUACGGUGCGCGCUCGGGGUCCGGCUUCUCGAAGGUCCGUGAUCCGUCAAGAAAUCAGAGCGUCAAUAUGCAUGCCCUUCGCAGUCGGAAUCAUGAUCAGGAUCAUGCUGUUAUGGGGACGGACAUUCAUAGCGCGAUUGAUCGGACGAGUGAAGAGAGAAUUUUCGUCCCUGAGGGGAAGAUUUAUGCCCAUACGGAGAUCGAGGUGAGGCAGGAUUAG